AUGGCGCGAAAACGCCCACGCUGCCCCGUCCGGCCCGCCGGCGCCGCGAGCAUGGGCCUCCGCCGGCGCUGGGCCGGCGCCGUCCUCCUCUGCGCGUGCCGCGCGGCGGCCGAGGAGCAGGGCCUGAGGCGCGCCGGCAAGGAGCGCGUCCUCGGCGUCGGCCUGGGCGUCUUCCUCCUCAGCUUCUUCUUCAUCGCCAUGUGCGCGCUCUGCUGGGCCGGCGCGCUGCUGCCGCAGGAGCGCGGCGAGCAGUGGAUCUUCAACGUCGUCGGCACGCUCGGCUUCGGCGUCGUCGCGUGCGUCCUCUUCCUCGCGGACGAGCGGCCCGAGUACGCGAGCGAGGAGCGGGCCGAGCGGGAGCACGACGACAACCUGAUCGGCCUCAUCGUCGUGGCGGGCCUCCUGGCGUGCGCCGCGGCGUUCGGGCUGGGCGCCGUCCUGUGCUACCACGUCUGCGCACCCGUCGAGGCCCCACUCGUGCAGAAGCGGCCGGCCGGCGACCGGCAGGGCCUCUUCGACGCCUCGGGCCAGUGCGUCGCUUCGCGGCCGGCCUUCACGGCGUAA